AUGUUUGGGAGAAACAUUACAGAGAGCGCUCAUGGUCAUCAAGAAGCCCGGGCUCGUGUUCGUGAGGCACAGUUGAUAUUUACCACUUGUACCGGUUCCGGACUCGGCCUAUUGCGUUCCGAAAAGUUCGACAUUGUUCUCAUCGACAAGGCUUCUCAACAGACCCAGCCAGAGAGCCUUAUCCCUCUUACUAAAGGGUGUCAGCGGGCAGUCUUUGUCGGUGACCAUGCCCAAUUCCAUGCCACAGUUCAGAAACAUGCAGUUGUUGCUGACUUCGAUACUUCCCUGUUCGAAAAGCAUUACAAUAUGCCUGAUAUACCCGGAGUUGCGAAGUCGAACCCAACACGCAAGCCAAUGGAAAUCGUCAUAGUAACGCCAUACACACGACAAAUGCAAAUUCUCAAACGCACCCUCCCUAGCUCGAAGGUUCUCUGCAUUGACGGGUAUCAGGAUUGGAUGGCCGACAUUGUGGUUUUUGUCAGCGUACGAUGCAACGUCCAUUUUGACAUUGGCUAUCUCCAAGACAAAAAGCUCUUAAAUAUGGCCCUGACGCGAGCCAAAUCAGGUAUCAUCUUCAUAGGCGACAGAUUAACACUGACUGGUAUGUCAGAGGGUACCCCUGAAACGGAAAUCAAGGCGAUUUGGGCUAGACUUUUGAAGAGCUGUGCGCAGUUGCAACUUCAGACAGACACCUCCUAG